AUGGCCGCGCAGGAGUGCUGGGCGGCCGCGGCACCCCGGCUCCCAGAUCCCGACUGUGUGGCGGCCUGGUGGAACAUGGUCAGGCGAAACUUGCAAUCUGUUCCACACUCCUGUUUAGCACUCAGAAGAAAAAUUGCUGCCCAGUAUAACAACUUUACGAGUAAAUCAUUAAAAGAACACAUUUUCCCUCCAUUGAUGGACAUGCUAGUAUUUUUUAAUUUUUACAACGCACCAUAUCUUGUGGAUUUAAAGAAACCAGAGAAAAAGAUUGCUCACACAGUGAACUUCUAUAUCAAAGUGGAGCCUGGGGUGAUUUUGGGAAUCUGGCACACAGUCCCAAGCUGCCGGGGUGAAGAUGCUGAGGGGAAGGAUCGUUGCUGGUAUGAGGCAGCUCUCCAUGAUGGCAACCCAAUUAUUGUCUAUCUCCACGGCAGUGCACAAAAUAGGGCAGCCUGUCACCGACUUAAGCUAGUGAAGGUACUAAGUGAUGGUGGCUUUCAUGUGUUGUAUGCUGACUACAGAGGAUUUGGUGACUCCACGGGCAAAGCCACAGAGGAGGGACUGACCAUGGAUGCAGUUUAUGUCUAUGAGUGGGCCAAAGCAAAAAGUGGUACCACCCCUGUGUGUCUCUGGGGUCACUCUCUGGGAACAGCAGUUGCAACAAAUGCUGCAAAAGUCCUAGAAGAGAAAGGAUGCCCAGUUGAUGCUAUUGUCCUGGAAGCUCCAUUUACCAACAUCUGGACUGAAACUAUCAAUUAUCCCUUGCUAAAGAUUUACCAUAAGCUUCCAGGGUUUUUACGUCUGAUUAUGGAUUCCUUGAAAAAAGACAAACUAACCUUCUCUAAUGAUGAAAAUGUUAAGUUCCUGUCUUCUCCCCUUCUCAUUUUACAUGGAGAGGAUGAUACAACAGUGCCUUUGGAAUUUGGAAAAAAGGUUUAUGAAAUUGCAUACAAUGCAUACAGGGAUAAAGAGAGGGUGAAGAUGGUUAUCUUUCCUCCUGGCUACCGCCACAACUUACUUUGUAAAUGCCCCAUGCUAGUAAUAACAGUAAGAGAUUUCCUGAGCAAGCAGUGGGCAUGA